AAAGUUGGAGAUUUACCAAGUGGAAUUCGCCAGCUCUUUGCGUGGCUGCAUCUGGCAGAUUUUGGUGACGCAAAAUUGGCUUAACAAUUAAUACCAUUAUAGCACUWCCACAGUMGGGCAUUGGGCUUGAGAAAUUUGUGUACAAGUCGUAGCAUUACGGAGUUACCUUCGGUUGCUCUAGCGUUCUGAAUUGUAUAUGUCCAAGUUGUUUUAGUUUGAAGUUUCAGUUGCACAUAUAACGAAUUGACGUGCUGUGUCAGUCACAAAUACGAGUCAAAAUCGGSCACGAAGUAUCUGAAACAACAAUCGCAGAACGCAUUCACUCUUGUGACAGUUUCUUGCUAGAAACUCGGAUAAAUUACUAGAACGCACGGUUCUUGUGCUUAAAGAACUAAGAAAAAGAUGGCUAAACAACUGUUCUUCAGAAUUUUAGUUGGUAUUUCAAUUUUGGGCUCAUGUUUCUCRCAACAACAGAAUCAAGGCCAAAAUGUUGGCUCUGGAAAUGUUGGAAAUGUUCGUCCAAGGAAGCAAUACCAAAUCUUGAAAGGGCCUAACGUCUGCGGUGUGAACCAGGGYCCUCAAUGUUGCCGAGGAUGGCAGCAGCAAUCGUCACUUGGACUCUGCAUCGUGCCUAUAUGYCGGUUUUCCUGUGGUGGCGGAAGAUGCGUGGCACCAAACCGAUGCCGCUGUUUAGAUGGGUCGCUGAGACCUCAAUGUGGAGGAGUACCAGGGAGAAAUCAAUGCAGACUUUUUUGCUUUAAUGGUGGGGUGUGUAAAAACAAUGUUUGCACAUGCAAAGCAGGUUACACAGGAAAAUUCUGCGAAUACCCAAUCUGCUCUAUUCCAUGCCAAAAUGGCGGACGCUGUGUGGGUCCGAACAAGUGCGCAUGUCCAUAUGGGUUUUCUGGUGACCACUGCGAAUCAGAUUACAGGACUGGACCUUGCUAUACCGUCAUCAAGAACAAAAUGUGUCAUAAUCAGUUGAUCGGUAUCGUAUGCACUCGCAAUUUGUGCUGUGCAACCGUUGGGAAAGCAUGGGGAAAUCCUUGCCAACGAUGUCAGGCCAAGCCAGCGCCGUGUGAGAGAGGAUUUCUUCCUAACUUUAGAACAAAGGCUUGUCAAGAUAUCGAUGAGUGCAAAGCAAUUCCUAAGAUUUGUGGAGUCGGAAAAUGCGUCAACACUGUGGGUAGCUACAAAUGCGAGUGUGGCAAAGGCAAAGUUCUUAAUCCUGUGACAAGCACCUGCGUUGAUGUCGACGAGUGCAAGACCAUUCCAAACAUCUGCGCUAACGGCAAAUGCAUCAACAAAGAAGGCAGCUACGAGUGUAAAUGUAACCCAGGCUACGUACCAAGUCAAGACGGCAUGUAUUGUAUAAAUGAUAAGAAAGGAUAUUGCUACGAAGAGAUUAUCAACGACUAUUGUCAUAAACAGCAGUCCCGAAAUGCCAUCAACAAGGCUGCUUGYUGCUGUUCUAUGGUUAAAGCCAAAGGCUGGGGAUCCAACUGUGAACGAUGCCCUGCCAAAAACUCAGCCGAAUAUCAGUCGUUAUGCGGGAUGACCAUUCCGUCUGCAAUGCCACCUGCGUCCAAUGAAUGCGCUCGAAAACCAGGGUUAUGUAAAAACGGCAAAUGUGUCGAUCUACCGGUGGGUUUUCGAUGUGACUGUAAUGACGGUUACGUUAAUAGAAACAACGUAUGCGUGGAUAAAAACGAAUGUAAAGAAGACCCUAAAAUAUGCCCUAACGCACGAUGUUUCAAUACCAUUGGGUCGUAUAGAUGCAGGUGUAAUAAUGGUUUUAAGUUUCCUGUUGGGGGGAAUACAUGUGUUGAUAUCGAUGAAUGUACUGAAGUACGAGGAACAUGUCGCAAUGGAAGAUGUAAUAAUACCGAAGGCAGCUUCAUUUGUUCCUGUAACAAAGGCUUUACUCUUUCACUAGACAGAUCGAGCUGCGAAGACAUGAAUGAGUGCCUCAAGGAGAAUGUGUGCAAGAAUGGUGUUUGUCAGAAUAUCGGCGGUGCCUUCCGCUGCCGUUGUAAUCCAGGCUAYGAAUUGAGCUCAGAUAGACGAAACUGCGUUGAUACCAAUGAGUGUAAGAAUGCUGGUUUGAUGUGUGUCAACGGUGUCUGUCAGAAUACUCCUGGAAGCUAUCGAUGCGAGUGCAACAAAGGAUUUGCAGCCACAGCUGAAGCGAACAAGUGUGAAGAUAUCAACGAGUGUUCUACUAUAAAAGACGUCUGCCUGCAUGGACGGUGUACUAAUUUCCCUGGUGACUACCGAUGCGAUUGUGACGCUGGCUAUGUCGUAAGCAAAGACAGRCAUCGAUGCGUUGAUGUUCGCAAGGCCCAGUGCUUCGCCAAGUACUCUAAUGGUGCUUGUUCAGAAGCUCUACUUGCGUUACUCACCAAAUCUCAAUGCUGCUGUGGAAUGGAGAAUGGUGGACGUCGUGCUUGGGACACUACUUGCUCUCCAUGUCCUCUGAAAGGAACAAAGGAGUACAAGAGAGUGUGCUGCAUGGGUCCUGGAAUGGAUUGUGAUGGCACAGACGUCGAUGAAUGUGCCAACAACGUCGGAGUCUGUAGAAACGGUAAAUGUCGCAACGUUGAUGGCGAUUAUUACUGUGACUGCAAUCGAGGAUACAGAAGUGAUUCUACUMGAAAACUUUGUAUUGAAAUCAAUGAAUGCCUCGAAAGACCACAGAUAUGUAAAGGAGGGACUUGUAAAAACUUGAAUGGCUCGUUUGAGUGCGUCUGCCCUCAAGGUUUUACAUACAAUCGUGUUUCGCAAGCAUGUGAAGAUAUCGACGAGUGCGCAAGUCAGGAAUUCUGCGUGUAUGGCACUUGUUAUAACACAAGAGGCAGCUUUCAGUGUGUUUGUCCACGUGGUCUAAAACUAGAUCCUACAAAAAGGAUUUGCCAAGAUCGUCGCAAAGGAAACUGCUGGACCAAGAUUGUUAAUAACCUAUGCGAGGAGUCUAUUAACGGWCAAGUCAGUAAAGAAGUUUGCUGUCAGUCUCUCGGGAAAGGAUGGGGGAGUCCUUGCACUAAAUGUCCYGCAGAACUAAAACAGAAAUGUGAUCCUGGUUACGCAGUCCAGUCUCAGCCACGAUGUACAGAUAUUGAUGAGUGCAAGAUUUUCCCUGGUCUMUGUAAGAAUGGCAUCUGCAAAAACACUCCGGGUAGUUACCAGUGCACCUGUCCUCCUGGUUUGACCCUUGAUACAGUCAGACAAAGCUGUAUUGGUAAGCUGUUAAAUAUUUGUUCUGGUUGUGAAAAGCCUGUCAGUAAACCACUAAGACGGGACGAUUGYUGUUGCUCCGCGUUUGGCGCGGCUGCCUGGGGAAAUCCUUGUCARGAGUGCCCUCUGAAUAACACAGCUGGAUACAGCUUACUUUGUGGAACAACCUUCCCUGGACAUAAGGUAGUCACCACACAAACUGGUCCUCAAGUAACAGAUAUCAACGAGUGCAGUAUCAACGAAGACUUGUGUCGUAAUGGCCGUUGCAUUAACAAACAAGGAGCUUUCCUCUGUGAAUGCAACCUAGGCUUUGGACUAAGCGCUGACCGUCGAAUGUGCGAAGAUAUCGAUGAGUGUAAGAUCUCUGCUGGUCUCUGUGGUAAUGGUACGUGUACAAACACACUCGGUGCGUUCAGAUGUGACUGCUACCGUGGAUUCCGUAACGCACCCAUGAUGAUGGAAGUCUGUAUAGAUAUCGAUGAAUGCGAGGCUAAUCCUUGCUCAGAUGGUAAAUGUGUCAACACCAUUGGUAGUUAUAAGUGCGUAUGUCCUGAUGGCAUGGAGCUUAUGAAAGACGGUGUCAGUUGUGAAGACAUCAACGAGUGCAGUAUCAACGAGGACUUGUGUCGUAAUGGCCGUUGCAUUAACAAACAAGGAGCUUUCCUCUGUGAAUGCAACCUAGGAUUUGGACUAAGCGCUGACCGUCGAAUGUGCGAAGAUAUUGAUGAGUGCAAGAUUUCUGCUGGUCUCUGUGGUAAUGGUACGUGUACAAACACACUCGGUGCGUUCAGAUGUGACUGCUAUCGUGGAUUCCGCAACGCACCCAUGAUGAUGGAAGUGUGUAUAGAUAUCGAUGAAUGCGAGGCGAAUCCUUGCUCAGAUGGUAAAUGUGUCAACACCAUUGGUAGUUAUAAGUGCGUAUGUCCUGAUGGCAUGGAGCUUAUGAAAGACGGUGUCAGUUGUGAAGAUAAGGAUGAGUGCAGAGAUCCUAAUGUGUGCAUCCAUGGUCGAUGUGAGAACUACAAUGGUGGCUAUCAGUGUAUCUGUAACAUUGGCUUUGARGCAACAUCAGACAUGAAGGACUGCACUGAUAUUAAUGAAUGCGCCGUGGAAAAUGGCGGCUGCGCCGAAGUGUGUAACAAUACCCUAGGAAGCUUCGAGUGCAUCUGCAAUGCAGGCUACGUUAUGCAGCCUGAUGGAAAAACUUGCUCAGAUCUGAACGAGUGCACUGCAAGGCCAGAUAUCUGUGGAAGAAACAACAAAUGUACGAAUACUGAAGGUGGAUAUUUCUGCACUUGUAAUCCUGGAUAUACUGAUAGUGCAGAUCGAAGAUCCUGCAUAGAUGUUGACGAGUGUCAAGAAGAUCCGAGGCUUUGUACGAACGGCAUAUGUCGUAACACACCAGGUUCGUUUGAGUGCUUGUGCGGCAAAGGCUACACGAUAGCUGCAGGAACUACGGCAUGUAUUGAUAUCGACGAAUGCAGCGUCAACAAGGAUCAAUGCAGUGACAAUGCAUAUUGCAUCAAUACUAUUGGCUCGUUCCGAUGUGAUUGCAAACCUGGAUAUAGUUCGGUCGGAGAUCAAUGCAUAGAUGUUGAUGAGUGUAGCGACGGAAGUAAUCGAUGUACACCUUUAGCAACAUGUGUAAACACACCAGGGUCAUAUCAAUGUGUCUGCGCACCUGGGUACACAGGGGAUGGUAUUACUUGUAAAGAUAUCAACGAGUGUUUGCUGCAGCCAGAGCUAUGUCAACAUGGACAGUGCGUGAAUAAAGCCGGUUCAUACAUGUGCGACUGUGAGAUAGGAUACAUUCCAACACCAGACAAGAAGAGUUGUGGAGACAUUGACGAGUGUAAGGCGUUCACCGGUCUGUGUUAUCAUGGUCGUUGUGAAAAUCUGCCUGGAAUGUUCCGUUGCAUUUGUGAUAAAGGAUUCCAGUUGACUUCACACGGAAGCAAUUGCACUGAUAUCGACGAGUGUUCUGAAACUGCCACGUGUCCGAAUGGAAGAUGUGUCAACAUGAUGUCAUCAUACAAGUGUGAAUGUGACGAGGGAUUUUCACCCAAUCGCGAUGGAACGGGUUGUAUUGACAUGCGCAAAGGAAUCUGCUAUCUACGAACGCGUGGCAACGAUACUUGUCUAAACCCCAUUGAUGAAGUCUAUCGAGGGGUGUGUUGCUGUACCAUCGGCAAGGCCUGGAACGAUUGCACGUUUUGUCCAAAGCAAGGAACAGCUGAAUACAAGAGGAUUUGCCCUGGUGGACCUGGUUUUAUACCAAACCCUAAUACAACAGUAAUAGUCGACGUCGAUGAAUGCAAAGAACUUCCUGGUAUCUGCAGCGAAGGUCGUUGCCUGAACUCACUGGGAAGCUUCAGUUGUAUUUGUCCCGCUGGACAGAAACAUGACCUCAAAACAGGUCGAUGUGUAGAUAUCGAUGAAUGUCGCGAAUACCCGUACAUCUGUGGUGUUGAUGGCAAAUGUAUCAACACUCCUGGAGGACAUAACUGCAUUUGCCCUCCAAACCAAAUACUUGAUCAAGAAACCAAACUUUGUAUUGAUAGAGGCAAAAGUCUGUGUUUCCACGAUGUUCAAAUUGGUGCAAGUCCAGUGUGUAAAAACAGUUUCUCUGUGAACAUUACUCGUCAUGAAUGUUGUUGUACUAUUGGUAAAGCCUACUUGAAGAAAGACGAAUGCCGACGCUGCCCGCCUGAGGAUUCACCGCUUCAUUCAGUACUUUGUCGUCGAGUUAUCCCACCAAUUACUCAAAUAAAAGACAGAACACCGUUUUAUACACCGACCACACCGAUCGCUCUCGACCACACUACAGGAUUUUUGACUCUUGAACCGGACGGCACUCCGACCGAUAGUCAAGUCAAACCGACAACAGCAGCACCGACCACCGACGAUUUUAUGCCAACAACCCCAGGAUUUGUGAAAGUUAUCGAUGAGUGUAAACUUAUCCCUGAGCUGUGUCUAUACGGUCGCUGUAUCGACCAGUACGUUGGGUUCCGCUGUGAAUGUCCACGUGGAUACAGAGUCGACAAGAAGGGCAUUGCGUGUGUUGAUGUGGACGAAUGUAAGCUAAAUCCAUGCAAAAACGGACGAUGUAAAAACACUUUUGGUAGCUUUGUCUGUAUUUGUCCAAAUGGUUACAACCUUGACAGCACUGGGCUUAUUUGUGAAGACAUGGACGAGUGUGGAACGCCGGGUUAUUGUGACAAUGGCCAAUGCAAGAACAUGGAUGGCACAUUUAUUUGCCAAUGUAACGAAGGCUUUCAGCUGACUCCUAAUAAAAGAACGUGUAUAGACAUCAAUGAGUGCGUGGCUGGACGUGGUAUCUGCGGUAACGGGUCGUGUAUUAAUACGCAAGGAUCUUACCAAUGUCAAUGUUACGACGGGUUUAAACUGAACGCAGGAGGAUUCUGUCGAGAUAUCGAUGAAUGCGCAACCGAUUCAAGCAUCUGUCAAAAUGGGCUUUGCUUCAAUACCGAGGGUUCAUUCAACUGCAAGUGUAGCAUUGGUUACACUCUUACACCAAACAGACGAAAUUGUCGAGAUGUCAACGAGUGCACGGAAAUACCAAACUAUUGUAAGAAUGGACGCUGUACCAAUACUAUCGGGGGCGCAAGGUGCGAAUGCGUAGCAGGAUAUCGACUUAGCCCUGACGGAACAGCAUGUAUCGACUUGAAUGAAUGCGAUGCAAAUCCGAAUUACUGCGAACCUGGAGGCAGAUGCGCCAACACGCAAGGAAGCUAUCGAUGUAUUUGCGAUAAAGGGUACGUCCAGAGUGAUGACGGAACCUCUUGCGCAGAUAUUCGCAAAAACUUUUGCUUUAACACCGUCGAUGAAAACGGCUGUACAAAACCACGUGAUACGCUGGUAACUAAGUCUGCAUGUUGCUGUACCAAAGGACAAGGCUGGGGAGACCCAUGCGAAUUGUGUCCCCAACCGGAUUCUAGUGAUUUCAGUAUUGUGUGCACAAAAGGAUGGGGCUUCGGAACAAAUGAUACAGCGAAUUAUAAAGACGUGAACGAGUGUGACAUGAUGAAGGACGUAUGCGAAAAUGGCGUUUGUAUCAACAACGAUGGCAGCUUUAGGUGCAAGUGUAAAAUGGGAUUCAAGUUGGACUCGACGAAACACAAAUGCAUAGAUAUCAAUGAGUGUACAGAGAAGAUCAACCCUUGUGGUAAUGGCAACUGUACCAACACUAAAGGAUCGUACGAGUGCAUCUGCCCGGCAGGAUACGCUUCGAGUCGACAUUCUCCUAAAUGUGUCGAUGUGGACGAGUGUAGGAACGACAACACAUUGUGUGCUUAUCGAUGUAUCAAUACACCAGGAACUUACAAAUGUGUCUGUCCACGUGGCUUUGCUUUGACGAGUAACGGGAAGCACUGCAGAGACGUGAAUGAAUGCAAACGUAACCCAAGACUGUGUCCAUAUAUGUGCAAGAACUUUGUUGGUGGCUACAAGUGCGUUUGUCCGCCAGGCUUUGUUGGAGAUGGUAGAACGAGAUGUAAAGACGUUGACGAGUGUAUUGAAACGCCAGGGCUUUGCCGUAACGGUGUUUGCCGUAACACCGGUGGCAGUUACGUUUGUGAUUGCAACAGUGGCUUCAAACGCUCAACGGAUGGGAAACGGUGUUUAGAUACCCGUAAAGGAUUUUGCUUCCUUAACGUCAACAACGGAAUAUGCGAAGCUGUGACCAAACAGAUGAUGAAGGUUACUAAACGCGAUUGCUGCUGUACUGCCGGGAAGGCCUGGGGUACAAACUGUGAAGAAUGCCCUGCCAAAGGAUCUAGAGAAAACCUGUACUUAUGUGUUGAUUCAGGAAAAGUAAUAGACAAUGUAUGUGAGAUGGUACCUGGUCUGUGUAAAAAUGGCAAAUGUAUCAGCCUCACUCGUAGCUACCGAUGCAUGUGCAAUGAUGGUUUCAAAUUGUCAAGUGAUGGCAAGCGAUGCAACGAUGAAGACGAGUGUCAACGAUCUAAGAAUGUUUGUAGUGUGGGGACAUGUAAAAACACUGUGGGGUCGUUUGAGUGUACUUGUCCUGCUGGAUUCCGACUUGGAGAUGACAAGAAAACUUGUGAAGAUGUAGACGAAUGUAAAUCUGGUGUCCACAACUGUCAGUAUCGCUGCAUCAACACAGAAGGCAGCUUCAGAUGCGAUUGUCCCAUUGGUUACAUUAAAAACGGAGCGACAUGUGUAGACAAGGAUGAGUGUAUGAUGACACCAAAUCUUUGCGGUGCUGAAGCCACUUGCGUUAACACUCCGGGUAGUUACCGCUGUACAUGUAACCGUGGAUUCACAUAUGACCCAAAGACGAAGAAAUGUACAGAUACAGACGAAUGUAAGUCAGGAGGGGUGUACUGUCAGUAUGGGUGCAUCAAUCUAAUCGGGGGGUACAGGUGUGGCUGUCAGCCUGGAUUUACUCAAGACUACUACUUCAAUCAAUGUGUUGAUCAAAAYGAAUGUCAAACCUUCGGUCGAUGUGGCAGUGCUAACUGUGUUAAUACAUUGGGAAGUUACUACUGCGGUUGCAACCAAGGCUACGUACUCUCUCAGUCACGUUCGUCCUGUCGAGAUGUCAACGAGUGCGUCACAGGGCAAAGUCCAUGUUCGUAUGGUUGUGUAAACAACAGGGGAGGGUUCAGUUGCUCUUGUCCUACAAACUACUACCCAAUAGGGGGAGGCCAUUGUUUAUCACCUUUCGGCGAGGCCUGCUACGAGUGCGCUCUAGCGAGAGGAGAGGUUCCAACUGGUGGAGUACCACUAGUAGACCAAACCACAGCAAGACCAGCUGGACAGGUUGGCAGCUCAAGUAGAAAUUAUUUGCUGACCAGGCCCGUCGAGGCCAAGGAGGACAGUCGCAGCAACAAGGACAAUUUGCUGGUAAUCCGCACGGACAGAGGAACAAGUUUUACCGACCAAACCCAAACCAAUACCGCCGUGUGCCACAAGCAAACCAGAACUAUCAAUACCAACAACAACAACAAAGAUAUCCACAAAGCAACCAACAAUAUAGACAAAACUACCAACAAUACAACCAACAACAAAAUCAAAGACCAUAUCGUCAACAAAGCCAGCAACCCUACCAACAACAAAACCAUCAGCCCUACCAACAAGCCAACCGACAAAACAACCGACAACCUUUCCAACAGAGGUAUCAGUACAAUUUCCCUCAGUCUGGAAGCUACUCCUAUAAAUACUCCUCGUCGCAGUCAACCUUCACAGGGAAUGGCGGCCGUCGUCGGCGUUCACACCUAGGUCACAGGUCUUCGCAUGUUGAGAUCCGUCACAGGAUGUCAACAGGAAAUUUGAUUUUAAAGUUGUUACCAGUCCUCUCGUCGAUGAAUGGUACCGUGAAGUACUCGAUCAUAAGAGGAGAUGAGAGUCUUUUUAAAGUUGAGCAUCAUCU